GCCAUUGGAGAUGGAAGCCAAGCGCCCUUCUGCUCCUGUUUGCUUUAUGGGUUAUGUGUGUUUCUCGCUCAGUGUGGGGAUGUGACAACUGCAGGACUGUCCUAUCCAAUCCUUCUGGAACCUUUACUUCUCCAUGCUACCCUAACGACUACCCUAACACCCAGUCUUGCUCAUGGAUCCUCCGAGCCCCUACUGGCUACAUCAUCCAGAUAACGUUUAAUGACUUUGAUGUUGAAGAAGCUCCCAAUUGCAUCUAUGACUCAGUAUCCCUUGAUAAUGGAGAGAGCCAGACAAAAUUUUGUGGAGCAACUGCCAAAGGCCUGUCAUUUAACUCAACUGUGAAUGAGAUGCACGUGUCUUUUUCAAGUGACUUUAGUAUUCAGAAGAAAGGUUUCAACGCCAGCUACAUUCGAGUUGCUGUGUCCUUACGGAAUCAAAAGGUCAUUUUGCCCCAGACGUUAGAUUCUUAUCAGGUAUCAGUUGCUAAAAGUGUCUCCAUCCCUGCGCUCACUGCUUUCUCACUCUGCUUUGAAACCUCCAAAGUUGGCAAUGAAGAUGGUGACUGGAUAGCAUUCUCCUACUCCAAUGCGUCCCUCACACAGCUGCUCAGUUUUGAAAAGGCCAAUAAUGGCUACUUCCUGUCCAUAUCUGGCUCAAGAUGCUUGCUUAACAGUGCAUUGCCUAUGAAGGAAAAUGAAGACAUCUUCACAGAAAAUUUUGAGCCGCUUUGUCUUGUGUGGAAUAAUACUUUGGGUUCCGUGGGUGUCAAUUUCAAAACGAGCUAUGAAACUGUUCCAUGUGAUUCCACCAUGAGUACAGUCAUCCCUGGGAAUGGGGCAUUGCUGUUGGGCUCUGAUAGAGAUGAAAUUGCCUCUCUAAAAGGCAGCAUCUAUAACUUUCGACUUUGGAAUUUUACAAUGGAUCCGAAAGUCCUCGCCAACCUCAGCUGUAGUAUGCCCGGGAAUGUUGUGGACUGGCACAAUGACUUCUGGAGUAUCUCAACCCAGGCUCUUAAAGCUGAAAACAACCUGAGCUGUGGGUCCUACCUGAUCCCGCUCCCUGAAGCUCAGCUGACAAACUGUUCAGAUCUCGGGACUCUCUGUCAAGAUGGGAUAAUGUAUAGAAUAUCUGUUGUGAUUCACAAUGAUCUUAAUCACCCUGAAGUAAAGGUGCAGAGCAAGGUAGCAGAAUGGCUCAAUUCAACCUUCCAAAAUUGGAACUACACUGUAUAUGUGGUUAAUAUAAGUUUUCAUCAAAGCACAGGAGGGGACAGGAUUAAAGUCAAGAGAGACACCAUGGAUGAUGAUAAAAGGUUGGUGCUGUGGGCUCUUCUAAUCUACAAUGCCACCAAUAAUGCCAACCUGGAUGGAGAAAUGAUCAAACAGAAACUUUUAAGAAACAACGCAUCACUAGAGGAUGGCCUGAGACUGUACACAGUCAAUGUGAAGCAGCUAGGUAUGUGUAAUGGGUUGGAGGAUCCAGAGGGCUUUAGCUGGCCAGCCACCUCACCUUCUGUCUACAAACAUCCAUGCCCAAACAAGCCUGGCUUUUUUGUGACACGGACAUGCCUUUCUAAUGCAACAUCGACCUUCUGGGGCCCCAUUGAUACCUCCAACUGUUCAAGACAAUCAAAUGAAGUGGCUAAUGAGAUAUUAGAUUUAACUGGUGAUGGGCAGAACCUAUCCUCAGCCAACAUUAAUAGCAUUGUAGAACAGGUCAAAAGGAUCGUGAACAAAGAAGAAAAUAUUGAUAUAGCACUUGGCUCCACUCUCAUGAAUAUAUUUUCUAACAUCUUAAGCAGUUCGGAUAGUGAUUUGCUUGAGUCAUCUUCUGAAGCUUUAAAAACAAUUGAUGAGCUAGCCUUCAAAAUAGACCUGAAUAGCACACCACAUGUGAAUAUUGCUACACAGAAUUUGGCUCUUGGAGUUUCAUCUUUGAUGCCAGGGACAGAUGCACCUUCAAAUUUUAGCAUUGGCCUUCCAAGCAAUAAUGAAACCUAUUUCCAGAUGGAUUUUGAGAAUGGACAGACAGAUCCACUGGCAUCUGUGAUUUUACCCCCAAACUUGCUGGAGAAUUUAAGUCAAGAAGACUCUGCGUUAGUCAGAAGAGCACAGUUUACUUUCUUCAACAAAACUGGACUUUUCCAGGAUAUUGGAUCACAAAGAAAAGUCCUAGUGAGUUAUGUGAUGGCAUGUAGCAUUGGGAACAUUACUAUCCAGAAUCUGAAGGAUCCAGUUCAAAUCAAAAUCAAACACACUAGAACUCAGGAAGUACAUCAUCCCAUCUGUGCUUUCUGGGAUCUGAACAAAAAUAAAAGUUUUGGAGGAUGGAACACCUCAGGAUGUGUUGCACACUCUGACUCAGAUGCCGGUGAAACCAUCUGCCUGUGUAACCACUUCACUCACUUCGGAGUCCUGAUGGAUCUUCCAAGGAGUGCCUCACAAAUAGAUGGAAGAAACACAAAGGUCCUCACUUUCAUCACCUACAUUGGGUGUGGGAUAUCUGCUAUUUUCUCAGCAGCAACUCUCCUAACAUAUGUUGCUUUUGAAAAGCUGCGCAGGGAUUAUCCCUCCAAAAUCCUGAUGAACCUGAGUUCAGCUCUACUUUUCCUGAAUCUCAUCUUCCUCCUGGAUGGUUGGAUCACUUCCUUUGAUGUGGUUGGCCUCUGUACAGCUGUGGCUGCCCUGUUGCACUUCUUUCUCCUGGCUACUUUCACCUGGAUGGGGCUGGAAGCCAUCCACAUGUACAUUGCUCUUGUGAAAGUGUUUAACACUUACAUCCAUCGGUAUAUUCUAAAGUUCUGCAUCAUUGGCUGGGGUCUGCCAGCUUUGGUGGUGUCCACUAUCCUAGUGAGCAGAAAACAACCUGAAGUAUAUGGAAAAGAAAGUUAUGGGAAAGAGCAGGAUGAUGAAUUCUGCUGGAUUCAAGACCCUGUGGUAUUUUAUGUGAGCUGUGCUGGGUACUUUGGAGUCAUGUUCUUCCUGAAUGUUGCCAUGUUCAUUGUGGUCAUGGUACAGAUAUGUGGGAGGAAUGGAAAGAGAAGCAACCGAACCCUAAGAGAAGAGGUUUUAAAGAACCUUCGCAGUGUGGUCAGCCUGACCUUCCUGCUGGGCAUGACAUGGGGAUUUGCUUUCUUUGCUUGGGGACCCUUAAAUAUUCCUUUCAUGUACCUCUUUUCCAUCUUCAAUUCUUUACAAGGUUUAUUUAUAUUUAUCUUCCACUGUGCAAUGAAGGAGAAUGUUCAAAAACAGUGGAGGCGCCACCUCUGCUGUGGCAGGUUUCGGUUAGCGGACAAUUCAGAUUGGAGCAAGACAGCUACCAAUAUCAUUAAGAAGAGCUCUGAUAACCUGGGGAAAUCUUUUUCUUCAAGUUCCAUUGGCUCCAACUCAACGUACCUCACAUCUAAAUCAAAAUCCAGCUCCACUACCUAUUUAAAAAAAAACAGCCACUCAGACAGUACUUCCAUGGACAAGUCCUUGUCAAAACUGACCCAUGAUGGUGGAGAACAGAUGUCAAUCAGCCCUGUCCAUCAGGUUAUUGAUAAGGUCAAGGGUUACUGUAAUGCUCAUUCAGAUAACUUCUAUAAAAAUAUUAUCCUGUCAGAUACCUUCAACCACAGUACAAAGUUUUAAUGUCAUUGAUAAGAGGGAAAACAUGAAAAGAAAAACUGAAAAUUCUUCUGGAGAAGUGUGAAUCUCUACAGGCAGUGAAAGUUAUGCCCAGCGGAAGUCAGUGUGCUGUUCCCUAGGUAACUACAGAUCCUUAAGGACUGAUAUUGUUAGAGAAGCUUUUGUGAGAUGCAGAAUUCAUCUUUUCAGAAUAUUUCUUCUGUGGAAGAGCUUCAUUCAUCACUCUUGAGAGAUGAGAACACUUUGAACACUGUAAGGAGGUAGGACUUUUUUUUUUUGCAUGAAUAAUUGAAUCAAAGUCGUGAGAAUCUGAGGGAAAAGGCAUUAAAAUUAGAGGACACAAGAGGAAGAAACCCAAGAGUGAAUUCUAGUUUAAAUCUCAUCUACCCAAUCUCAUGGUUAGGCUUGUAUGUGGCCUGGCUUCAUAAGGACUACAUAGAAAAUACACUAAGUAUCUUUUUAGUGAUUUUGGGUGCUCACAGAUUCUGUUCCAAUGCUAUUUUCUAUGAAUAUAGCAGUGUUUUUUUUUUUAUUAUCUUUUUCAGUGAAAUUUCAAGAGUAAAUAGAAAAGAUGUUUAAUAUUUGACCCAUGUAAUUUUAAAUGUGUUUUUUUCUGUUAUGUCAACUAUUUAAUUUUCAUGAAUGUAAUUUGCUAAAAAGUAUUUCAAAAAUUUGAUGUAGUUUAUAUACUAUAUAAAUUUCCAAUAUCUCAAGACAUGCAGCUUAAACAUCGUCACCAUCCCAUGCACACAUGAAUGUGGACUUUGCAUUAAAGUGGGCUUCCUUGACAUUAAGAGUAAACCUGCUGCACACACACCCCUGUCCUUCCCUGUGCAUUGUGCCCACUGGCUCAGGAGAGGAGUGAGAAUUCCAGUUAAGAACCUUGCUUGGGAUGGCCUCUUCCACCAUGUAAAGAGCACACUUUUGAGACUAUGUGAGCCUAUCCCUGCUUUAAUGAUUUUAAGCCAUAAAAUCAGACACUCCACAUAAACUUCAGAGACCUCUGACUUCCCCUGGAGUUUUCUUCCAUGGAACAUACACUGAAACAUACAGCUGGAUCAGUUAAUCAAAAUAAUUUAUAAAUAUGUAAGUCUACAACUGCUAGUUGAAAAACCAUUUGCACUGAGCCCUCCAAUCAGAGUAUAUAAGAGCCUAAGAAGGGCUGGCAAGAUAUACUACUCUAUGGUGUAACAUUUAUGGAUCAGACUGUGGCAAGCAAGUCACAUAUAGCAUUAAGCAGCUUACCUAACUCCUAAAUGAUCCUAAACAAUGUGUGUUUGCUAAUGAGGGUAUAGGUUGUUCUCAAGUAAUGGAAUCCUAUCUUCUGGCUUCGUACCUGCUGGCUUUAGCCUUUCUCAGGGUUGUUCAGGAAGUUUCAGGUUUAGCAUAACAGCAGCACAAUGAUGACAAAAGGGAGAGAUUCUGGCAGAGGCAGUCAGAAGUGGGAGGCCAGACCUGUGCAGAACAUAGGUCAUUCUCAGCUAAGAUAUAGAAGACCUUGCAGGUUUUGCAACAGCUGAAGGAUCUGCUUGUAUUUGCCAGGCUGCAAAAAGAUGUUGACAGAAUGUGGUGGUGAGUUCUUGUUGCCCUUGCAUUUUGUAUCAGCCUGGACAGCCAUCUUGGUAUACAUGAACUUUGCUAGACUUAGCUUUCACAGAGAAGGAGUCCAUUUAGGAGAAAGAUUCACUUCAGUAAAGCCAAUCCUUUACUCUGGGCUUAUAUUAGCAGGCUGCUCAUUUUGCAAGAGGAUACAUAUAGGUAAAGUUUAAGCUCAUAAUAGUCACUAAAUAUUCACAUACUCCCCCCAUGCCCCUCCAAAAAAAAACUUAGGUAGAUUUUAAUUAGCUCUCUAUUGUGAGAUUUCUGCACAAAGUGCAUAUUUAAUAGUAAAAAUUAUGACAUAGCUUCAAAAAUGGCUUUUCUUUUGAUUUCUACUUACAAGUAUUCAGGUCUUGGAAAAAUCUUUUUUAGUUUUUCAUUUUGGCAAUAAUGUCAGCUCCACUUAAAAAAAUGUCCAGCAAACAAAUUAGGAAAAAUAAAUGAAGAAACACCAGACUAGAAAUAUUUACAAGUGGAUUGAAAAGACUGAUCUAAAUUCUACCUUCAGUUCCAAAUACAUGUCUUCAUUUGCAUUUGCUCCCUGAGAAGAAAUGGGGCAAGAAUUCCACAGGAGACCCAUCUUUCAGCCUCCAACCACAUGUUAAACAAUGCCAGGCUCUGGUUCCUCCCUCUCCACCCCACCUUCUCUUUUCAUUGUGUGACAUCACAGCUUUAGUCUAUGGUCCUGAGAUAAUUUCCACUCUUAUCACUGGUUCUUACCCAGUAAAAAUUACCUUUGUCAUUGGCAUUGUCUCUUCUGUACAUACAUAUUUAUUUAUUUGUGUUCAUGUCAGUUUUUUUUUUCCCGUUCUUAGCUUUCAGGUGCCAAGCUUUAUUGUUUCUAAUUAACUUUACCUAUUAGAGACUAUUGUUUUUCCUAGAAAAAUUGUGAAACUGUUUUCUGUAGCAAUAGCUCUUGAAUAUGAUGGAUAAAAGCAACUGUGAGGGCAGACUAAAAUUAACAGUGAGAAACUGUUAAAGCUGAUUUGCCAUUUUACUGAAACGGAAAAUGAUUUUUUUCAAAUAAAUACUUAUGUUGUUCAUGUUCCAAA